AUGAUUGAUCGAUUUUCUCGCUGGCCAGAAGCUGUACCCCUGUGUGACCAAGAAGCAGCGACAGUUGCUCGAGCUCUUUUUGACCACUGGAUUGCCAGAUUUGGGACGCCUGUACGAAUUACCACCGAUCAAGGCAGACAGUUCGAAUCAUACCUAUUCAAGCAUCUAAACUGCUUGUUAGGCGCAACCCACCUAAGGACGACAGCAUAUCACCCGGCAGCAAAUGGUUUAGUGGAACGAUUCCAUAGACAACUGAAGGCAUCAAUAAUGUGCCAUGGCGGUACCAGAUGGACGGAGACCUUGUCCACGGUGCUCAUGGGAAUUCGUUCAGCCUGGAAAGAGGACAUCCAAGGAACAGCAGCAGAACUAGUGUACGACCAGUCACUACGCCUGCCUGGAGAGUUCCUAGCCCCACAACAUCUAGACCAAGCCGCUAAAGACGCUGCAGAGUUUGUGAAGUCGCUCCGUCUGCUGAUGAGAGACUUACGACCCAGUGACGGGUCGCGACACAAUAACCAAAAAAUUUUUGUCUUCAAAGACCUCGCCACCACAGAUCAGGUUUUUGUAUGCCGACACAGCGCGAAGCGUAUCCUGCAACAACCAUACGACGGACCAUAUAAAGUGUUAAAGCGGAAUGAGAAGACGUUUGUCGUUCACAUCAACGGACGUGAUACUACCGUCUCCAUUGAUAGACUGAAACCAGCUUACAUCGCAUCCGAGGAAACAACCAACCCGGGUGGUCUUCGCAAUAUCCAGGAAGAUAACGUCAUCAGGAACGUCAGGACCACAAGAGCAGGCAGACGUGUCCGAUUCCCAGAUCGACUGCAAGGCGGAUUCAAUUAA